AUCUUACGUUAUCAUAUACAUCAUAUACAUGAUGUUAUUUGGUCUUCAAACUUUAAUUAUACGUUCGACAUAAUAUAAUUAUUUCUUAAUAUUACAUAAAUAUACGUAAAAUACGAAGCUGAGGUCACGGACAUAUUAAGUUUCGAAGAGUUGAUAAUUAUAAAAAAAAAUUACAAAUAUAAGUAAAUGACCAUUUCUCCCUGCAAAAAAAAAAAUAUACUGAUAAUAGUAAAACACAAAAUAUAAACACAUAGAAGUAAAAAACACCUAAAACAAAGCUGAACAUAGAAAACAUAGUUACCCGGGUAAACCCAAACCGCAGCCAUUAAAUAGGAAACGAAAGUCUACAGGACCCGAACAAAUUGACGGGAUUCGAACACAACCACCAUUGUUUACUUCACCACGCUGAGUCGGUGAGGCCUUAUUUCACCGUCUUACAGAUAUGGAUAUUGUGGCUGCCUUCUCCACCUAUGGCUCGUGUGUUGAGCGCGAGGCAGAGCUGAGGGAAGGGGUGCAGGGAGCUGUGAAGGAUCUGGAGAAGACAUCAUAUGCAAUCAGCACCACCCUGGAGAAGAUACACAACACUCAGGGGAUUCAGAAUAUAGAUGCUAUAUGUACAGAGUGCCACCAGGAGCUGACCAAGGUGCCGGCCCUCUACCAGGCCCUUCAGGAAAAGGUGCCACCAGGAGAGUUUUACCGCUACCACCACAAUUUCCGUGGCACCACACACCGCCUUGUGGCUGCCACCUGCCUUAUCACCUACCUGGAGGAGAACAGGCUACCUAUGCAUGAGGAGGUGGCCAAGUCCCUGGGCCUUUGUACUCACAGGGACCAGGGUUUUCAUUUGGACCUGGAGGACUACCUGCAGGGCACCCUCAGUAUUAGCCAUGAACUCUCCAGACUGGCAAUCAACUCUGUCACAGCAGGAGACUACUCUCGGCCAUUUCAAAUAAGGCAAUUCCUGCGUGACCUCCAUGCUGCCUACUCCCUUCUGUUCCCCAAGAACGAGCUGCGAAAAAAGUUUGAUGAAUUGAAAUACUCGCUGAAAAAGACUGAGGAAGUGGUGUACAAUCUCUCCUUGCGGGGCCUAAAGCCUCAGGAAAUGGAAACCUCUGGCUAAGUUGGUUGUAUUUCUAACUAUGAUAACUCCAUAGGAUAAUUUUGUAUUUAUUGUUUAUCAAUUUACUUGUUAUGAGAUUAAUGCUUGUAUCUGAAGUGAAUAAGAUCUUAAUUUACUUUUCUUUAUAUUUUGAUACUUUUGGGAGGACUGUUCAGGGCACAGACAGCAGUGUUACAUUCCUUCCCUCAUGACUCAUUUUGAGUCUGAGGAAGAGAAGAGUGUUAAAUUAUUUAAAAUUACUUUGAAAAAAUAGUUGUGCUGUUUUCUGUGAAUGCUGUACUGGCCUUUUGAGAAUCUCAUGUGUCAUGUUCUGGUUUAUUAAAAAAACAUAUUUUGUUAUUGUUGCUGUUAUUGGAGCUUAUUUCACUAUUCUAGAAGUGCUCUAUUAUCAGUUUACCAUGAUGGUGAUUAAUUUUGGUGAUAUAUCUGCUGUAGAGAUGGAUGCAGUGACAGCUUGACACUCCUUGAUUAUUACAUGCAACUAGUCCAUUCUGUCCAAGGUAUAUUUAGUAGCUAUAAGAUAAAGAAAUGUUGAGGUGCAACAUAGCAAGAUAGUUGUGUGUAUGUAUGUGUGUGUGAGAGGAAGAGUGUGAGAGAGAGUGAAUGUGUUCAGAGGAGGAUCAAGUAUUAUUGACCGCAUAUUACUUAGUGUUCGUAAAAUGUAUGAGGCUGAAGUGGUUGUGGUCCCUUGUAAAUUUGCCCUUCUAUGUUUUCUCUCUCUCUCUCUCUCUCUCUCUCUCUCUCUCUCUCUCUCUCUCUCUCUCUCUCUCUCUCUCUCUCUCUCUCUCUCUCUCUCUCUCUCUCUCUCUCUCUCUCUCUCUCUCUCUCUCUCUCUCUCUCUCUCUCUCUCUCUCUCCCCACCUUGGUGUUACCUCCUAUACAGCUCUAUUUUUUAUUUUUUUUAUUUGUGUUUAAAUUAUUUUUUAAAUCGUAAGAAUACUUGUAUGUUCAAUAUGCAAUGUGUAUGAUAUGUAUGAACUUAAUUUGCACGUUUGUAUAAAAUAUAUGAAGUAAAUAUGCAUUUUAUUUAAAUUUCAAUGUUAAUUUUUGUACCAGAAUGUAUCUAGCACUAAAUAUACUCGUGUGUAGGGAAGCACAGUCUAGUCAAUUAUGAUACAUAAUGUCAACACUUUUUAGGUUCAUUGUUCUCUUUCCCUUCUAAGAUACUACUACAACUGUAAGUUUUGCACAGCUCUCUUGUCCAGUCAUUGGAUAACCACAGUCACCACUUGUAUAGGCCUGCACUACAUGUCUAUGAAUAAUGUCACCAUCACCACUUUGAGCUUUAGUGAUAACAGUGUUCAGUGUUGGAGUCAUGGAAAUGCCUUAUUGAAUCUGGUCCAAGCUAAUGAUAGUAUAUAUUAAGAGUUUCGCAUGUAAUCAUGUGUUCUCUCCACUGAAGUUUUGUGUACUGUUGUAUGUAAACCAACAUCUACAUUUUUUUUUUUUUUUUUUUUUUGUCAUUUACAUGUAUAUCGUGUUUAAAGUAAUUAUUGUGAAUUUUAUCAAUAUAUUCACUUUCUAUUUAUUUGCAGUGUAUCAUGGUACCUUCUUUUUCAAAUUUUUAACUGAUAGUAAGGCAUAUGCCAUGAAAUAUUGCCUUAACAUUUGCCUCCAUACUAAAAGUUACUAAAAGAUACCAGAAUCAGUGUUAUCUAGGUAAGCUAUCGUGCAUUAGUGCUUGGCAAAGUUUUCUUUUACUGCAACUCAGUUCAAAGUAAUGUGCUGUCCUUACAGCUCAAUCAUAGGUCUUUUGUAUACUACUGAUUAUUGCAUCAAUUUCUUUACACCCAUAUGAAGAUGAGUGAUGUGCUGAUAAUAUGGUUAUUAAAUUCUAUAAGUGCAGUGCACUAGAGAAACUUUGAAAAUAUUUGUUUUUUUGGAAACGGGUAGAUUACCAUAUCAGAUUCUCAUAUGUAACUACAAACUCAUUGACACAUGUGAAGAUCAUAAAAAUUAUUUGUAAUAACCUCAAUUUUUAACAAGUGACUGAAAUGUGUGGUUAAAUGACUCUUGGUGAAGAUCAUAAAAUAUUUGUAAUGUCAAUUUUUAAUAAGUGACGGAAAUGUGUGAUUAAGCGAUUCUUGGUUAUUAUUGCAAAGUUGACAUAAUUGUUUUCAUAAAUAUAUUCCUGAACAUCACAAGUUGUGAUUCACCUCACAUAUCCCAACACCAGAAGUUUUAAGUGAAUAAUACACAAUUAAUUACAGUUAAGUUGUUUUACAAUAUGAAUUGCCUCAAUGUAAAUCGUCAAUUAUUUAUGUAAUCGGCAAAUAAAAGUUGUAUAAAAUCAUGGAAUAAAAUGUGAAAG